GAAGUGACGUUGGUGCUUGUUCUGCCAGAACCGAGAAGAUUGAAUAUCUGGGGGAAAUGGACCCCUGGGUGUGAGAUCAUCCUCAGGCACCGGGUGGAUAAUAGGCUAAUCGAUGGCUUAGCUCCAUAACAGAUGCACAUCUGUGCAAACAAGUUUUUACGAAAGCAUCCCCUGUGGAAAUAUUGAAGCUAAUAAGGAAACUGGACAAGUGAGCCCCCAUGUAAACAACAAUUUCGUGUAAAAUUAUAUUUUACAGAACUCACAGGGCGUCAGACUUUGGGAUGAUGACCAAAAGCCAGAAUCAGAAAAAUAAACAGAUCUUGAAUCUCACCCUGGAGAUUAUAUACUUGCUAACUGGAGAGGACUAUAUCAUUGUUAAGAAGUGUGUCAAUCAUGCAAGCUGUAGUAGCAGUACUAGUGGGUCAGAAGUAUCCUGUACUAUGCAAAGCUCUUUCAUGGAGGUUCCACUUUUCUCCGUGGUACAAGAGAAGGACAACAAUCUUAAAAUUAUUGAAAUCGCUAACACGAUCAUUCACCUGUUGACUGGAGAGGAGGAGCAACAUUUAGAAGAUUACAGAGAUCAUUCUGAAGAAAUAACAAUGGAAAAUCUUCAGCCUCUCAGCUCACUAGAUUGUGCAAGCAAAGAAUGUGGGAAAAAAAUAAAGAAUGGAGCCAAAGACAAGAUAUCAAAUAAGCGAAACAGAAAACGUAGGUCUGAGCGUAAUUUGGGAAAAGAAUCUUCCUUGCAUGAUGAAGUUGAAGGAAGUCCAAGUUACUUAUCUGCAGAAAAUGCAGAAGAUGAUUAUAUUGCAAUUAUUAUUAAGGAGGAAUCCAGUUCAUGUGAUGAAGACAAUAUUACAGACCACGGCCUUUCUACACCUGCAGAACAGCAAAAAUAUGUAUCUGUUUGUGUUAAAGAGGAAUCCUCAACUGAAAAAGGCAAGCUCAUAAACUCGGACACAUCCAUGAAUCUUACACAAGCAGAUAAUACAUUUGUUCAUAUUAAGGAAGAAUCGGUAUCGUGCGAAGAAGGAAAUUCCACUGAUUCUGACAUUCUCGUACCUUCAUUAUUUACACUUACACAAUCCAAUAAAAAUUUCAAAUCCACACAGGAAACUCCUAAUGUGUCCAUAGAAAAAUGUUCAAAAUGUGGAGCAAAUUUCAAAAAGAAAUCAGAUUUUAUCUCUCCUGAAUCAACACACAGCACCGAAAAGCUCUAUAACAACUCGGAGUGCCAGACAUGUAACUUGGAUCGUAUUAAAAAGGCAGUUCACAAUAGAAAGAAGCUAGCUUGCUCGUUAUGCGGGAAAGAAUUUUCAUAUAAGUCACAGCUUGCUACACAUCAAAGGAAUCACACAGGAGAGAAACCGUUCUCAUGUCCUGAAUGUGGAAAAUCUUUUACUUGGAAUUCACAUCUUGCAGCACAUGUAAGAAUUCACACUGGAGAGAAACCUUUUGCAUGCUCGUUGUGUGAGAGAAGUUUUACUAAUAGUGCAAGCCUUGUUGCACAUCAAAGGUCUCAUACGGGAGAGAAGCCAUUCUCCUGUUCAAUAUGUGGGAAAUGUUUUACAAAUAGCACUUAUCUUGUUACUCACCAGAGGAUUCACACUGGAGAGAAGCCAUUUUCAUGUUCUGAAUGUGGGAAAUGUUUUACCGACAAAUCUAGCUUUAUUAGACACUUGAGAAUUCAUAUAGGUGUGAAACCAUUUUCAUGUUCUACAUGUGGGAAGUGUUUCAUUGAGAAAGGGAGUCUUCUUAGGCACCAAAGUAUCCAUUCAAAAAAGAAACAAUAAGUUAUUUAUCGUAAAAUCAACAACUGAUUUUGAAUGUUUGAACUAAUAUUUAUAUAAUAUGAGUGAUAUAUUUUUCAUUUGUUUUCUCUAAUGACCUUUGCCCACUAUUUAUUCAUUUUUCAUGACAGUUUAUUUUUUCAUGUUUAUUUUUAAUAAGCACCAUAAGCCGUCUUGCAUAUGCUGUUUGAGGCCUACCUAAGGAUUUGGGAGGAGGAGUAUAAUUAUGAACUUAUUUCUUGUGCAUUUCAGUAAGGGGGUUUACCCCAAUUCCCAAUAUCCUUUCUAGUUUGCUUCUUUUUUUAAUGUUGCAUACAGUUUUGGAGUAAUGUA